GUGGUUCGACCUCCCCAGGCUCGCGCAGGACCCGCAGGACCUGCUGGUCUCCAAGGAGGACCGGAUGAACCAGGGCGAGUUCACGUGGCUGCCAGAUGGCGCCAGGUAUGACGGUCAGUGGAAAGGUCCGCACCGCCACGGUCGGGGUGUCCUCCUGAGGCCCGACGGCGCGAAGUACGUGGGAGAGUUUGCGGAGGACCGCGCCUCUGGCUCGGGCAGGCUUGUGCACGCCAACGGAGAUUCGUACGAGGGCGAGUGGCAAGGCGACCGGGCACACGGGCAGGGCCGCUUUGCGCACGCCGACGGUGCGUCCUACGACGGCGAGUGGCUCCAGGACAGGAAGUCCGGCCGGGGCGUAGAGGUCUGGCGGGACGGCUCGAAGUACCAGGGCGGAUAUUGGGACGGCAUGAAGCAUGGCCAUGGCGAGUUCUCCGCACCCGAUGGCUCUACUUAUGUGGGCCAGUUCAAGGAGGACUGCAUGGAGGGGCAUGGCACGUACCGCCUCGCGGACGGCCGGGAGUACCAGGGCCAGUGGAGCGAGAACCAGAUGGACGGCACCGGGAGAAUGACGUGGCCCGACGGCCGUUGGUACGAGGGCGGUUUCCUGGCAGACCGCAAGGCUGGGGAGGGAACGUUCACCUGGCCGGACGGCAGGUCGUACGCAGGCCAGUGGCAGGAGGGGAGGCAGCACGGCACGGGCCACUACAUCUCGGGGGCGGGGUGCAUCGAGGAGGUGCGCUUGGGAAGGUGGCCGCCGCACGGCUUGGCUCGACUGAGCCGGCCACCGCUUCGAGGUUGCAGCCCGACGCUCUCCCGAUGCUCUGUAGGACGCCGAGGCGAUGUCACGCGGCUCAUGUAGUGUGCUCGCGUUGUGGUGUGGCGCAUGGCGCAGUGUUGGCAAAUGACACAACUCUUCGGCAUCGCCGCAGAAAACAGGCAGACGAACGAAUGAGAUUACAGUGGAACCCCGUG